AUGAUUGUGGUGCUGAUCUUCGUUAUCUAUGCGCUGCUGCUGUCGCCGGAAUUUGCGGCUCAGCAAUGCUUUGCCGGGGAUGAUAUCGCCGAAUUUAAAAUUGAAGGUUUGAUGCCGAAGAAGUGGAGGGCCAACAAUCGGGAUGUGCGAUUUGUCCACCUCAACGAUGGUCACAUGGGCAUCAACUUCUGUAUAAUACCAAAAGUGAUGUCAUCGACGCUGGGCUUCGUGGCCUGCGACGUCUUCCUGGCUUUCCACGGAUCAACCAUGGUGUCAGGGAACUCGACUAACAGUCUCUGCCGACGACGACCAAGGCUGCGCGACGAGCUGAAGGCGAGGCAGGGGCAGUGGGAUAUUCCCGAGCGGCCCGUCGAGUUCGCCAUUGCGAGGGAGCCAAUCUCCCGGUUCUUGUCCGGGUUUAUGGAUGUUUGCGACCGUCGACAAAAUUGCGGGAACCUUACGGUGCACGAAUUUGCGAAAGCACUUUACAAUUCCCUGGAUCGAAACCCAAUCGAAUGGACGGCCCCCGGUGACGAGCAGCCAAUUUUCCAUCACUUUGUACCGCAAGUUUGGUAUUGCGACGCAAAAAUUCCGAGGUUACGGUACUCGUCGGAUGGCGGAGAGGUGGCCGAUCAGAUUGAGGGCUUUCUGAAGGAAGCCUGGGUGCCGGAUGGGUUGGCGAAGAAGAUCUCCUCUCGAGUCCGCGACGAGAAGAAGAACCCGAAUCCGCAGUCCGACGACCGGAAAGCCUAUCUUCGCCAGGAGAUCUUCUCGAACUGUGAGACGCUACAGUAUCUGGUGGCCACCUACUACGAUGAUUACGUCAAACUGGGAUACCCGAUCCCAACGAGCGUGUACCCGAAUCAACCGAAAGUGCCUGAGACUCAAGAGCUCGUCCGGCGGACUCGAGAAGUGGGGAGGAAUCCUGAUUUUUACAACCUUGAGGACGAGGAGCUACUCUUCAACCCGGAAGCUAAGCCAAACAUUGCCAAGCCGACGUCGGAGAGCCCCAAAAUUCAACGGAUGUUCCUCAACUUUCAUCAGGAAGCCUCCGAAACGACGACUCUGGCAGGUUUCCCAAAUUUUCGACCAGAUCCAUUAGUCCCAAUGCGCUACAAAAAACGCAGACACCACCGAAAGCCGGCGCUAAGAAACCCGGUAAACGUCAAUCGCGCUGUCCGCAAUAUGAAGAUCAUCUACAACCGGACCGUACGGAGCUUCAAAAUACCGACGAAUGCCGCGAAGCACUGGGGCCGAGACCAUCCCGACGAACGAUUGGACCCCGCCGUCAACGACGGGCACUACGGCCUGAAAAGUUGCCACGUGCCGAAGGUGAUGUCGACGAUGAUGACGUUCGUGAUGUGCGACGUCUACCAUGCGUAUCAUGGCGACAAAGCCGACUCUGGGCAUGACAUUCGGGGGGACUGCACCGAGUGGCACGAGCAGAAUCGGGAGCUGCGCGGAAAACCGAGAGCGUGGCAUGCUGCUCAGCCACCCGUACAUUUUGCCGUGUCCCGAGAGCCGAUCAGCCGCUUCGUGAGCGGCUAUAUGGCGCUGUGCAUGCAAUGGAACGACUGCGCCGGGAUGGGCGUCCACGACUUUGCCCAGGCGCUCUAUGCUGCCUUCCGGAAGCGAGUGCCCCGGUUAAGGACCCGCGGCAAAAAUGGAAGAAUCCUAAAGCACUUUGCCCCACAAACCUGGUACUGCAACAAGCCGAACCUCUACCGUUUCAAGUAUAGCGCGAAUACCACACAAAUGGCUGACGAGUUUGUGAAGGUGCUGCAGCUGGCCAAGGUGCCGGCGAAGAUUCUGAAACAGAUCCACCGUCGCGUCACCGACGAGCCGGCCAACUUUGGAAUCCACUCCGACAACAAGAAAAAGGCGAUGCUCAAGGAGAUCUACUCAAACUGCGACACCCUUCGAAGUCUCGUCGGUCUCUACUACGAUGAUUUUAACGAGCUCGGCUUCCCGAUCCCUACGAUUGCGAAUAGCACCACAAGCGAAGCACAAAAGAAAAUCGAGCCGGAAGUCAAGGUCAACGGGGAUGCAAACGAGGCCCUGCAGAAAAUGAUGCCUCUCCUUGUGCCCCAAACAACUACCGUAACCUCGGAGACGAUUAAGGAAGAUCUGAAAAUGAUUGCCGAAUCGAAUGCUGCAUUCGAUGAUGACAUGAAAGCCGCCGCUUUUGCCGCUCCAACCUUGGAAAUUGACCGAAAACGCGAGAAAAAACAUAGGAAAAGGGAUGGCGUUUUCGAGAAAGCAAAAGUGCAACAGUAUGAUAUGCGGGAGUGCUCG